AUGGGAAGCAGAGAUGAUGAUGGCCAAAGCGCAGAAGGUCAGGGUUACGCCGCGGAUAUCAAUUCCAUCAGGGAGGCGCAGGCCCGCAUCGCACCAUACGUGCACAAGACACCCAUCCUGUCAUCAACUUCUAUUGAUGCCAUAGCAGGGAAGCAGUUGUUCUUCAAGUGUGAAUGCUUCCAGAAGGCAGGGGCUUUCAAGAUCCGAGGGGCAUCCAAUUCAAUAUUUGCCCUCGAUGACAACCAGGCGGCAAAGGGCGUUGUGACGCAUAGCAGUGGAAAUCAUGCUGCUGCUGUGGCACUGGCUGCAAAGUUGCGUGGCAUACCUGCUUACAUUGUCAUACCCAAAAACGCGCCAGCAUGUAAGGUUGAGAAUGUUAAGCGUUAUGGUGGUCAGGUUAUCUGGAGCGAUGUCACCAUGGAAUCAAGAGAAUCUACAGCUAAAAAAGUCCAGGAUGAGACUGGUGCUAUUCUUAUUCAUCCAUUCAAUGAUAAGUAUACUAUCAGUGGUCAGGGAACAGUGUGCCUUGAACUUUUGGAGCAAGUCCCUGAAAUCGACACAAUAAUUGUUCCAAUUAGUGGUGGUGGUUUAAUUUCUGGUGUGGCACUGGCUGCAAAGGCCAUAAACCCUUCAAUACGUAUUCUGGCAGCAGAGCCAAAGGGAGCUGAUGAUUCAGCCCAGUCCAAGGCUGCUGGAAGGAUCAUCAAACUGCCUGCAACCAACACCAUUGCUGAUGGACUACGAGCGUUUCACGGUGACUUGACAUGGCCGGUGGUGCGUGACUUGGUGGACGAUGUCAUCGUCGUGGAUGACAAUGCCAUUGUCGACGCCAUGAAGAUGUGCUACGAGACGCUGAAGGUGGCUGUGGAGCCUAGCGGAGCCAUUGGCCUUGCCGCUGCCCUCUCCGACGAGUUCAAGCAAAGCCCCGUUUGGCAUGAGAGCAGCAAGAUAGGGAUCAUUGUUUCCGGCGGCAAUGUGGACCUCCGCGUGCUCUGGGAAUCCCUGUGUAAAUGA